AUGUACAGAGGACGAUUCAACCACCCCGACCUCGAUGUCCUCGACUCACCGCUGGUGUCUUCGACGCCCUUUACGUGCGCGACCGGAAUUCCAGGAAGCGCGCUCGCAGAGCGGAUAUUCAACGACCCCGAGUCCUGGGAGGAUACCGAUGGCGAAGAGGGUGAUUAUCCGGAGGACAUCGAUGCGGAUUCAUUGGCUUGGUUAACAGAGGAGAUCGAGAAAAUCAAGGCGCAAAGUGCAGGCAUCGAACCGCAUCCUUCGUUCAAGCAGGCCUCCUCGGAUACCAAAGACGUGACCCUUAUGCCGCCCGUGUCAGCUGUCCCCCAGAACGUCCGCGACUCCAUCAGAACAGGGUUGAAGCGUCGCCUCACGCGGAAGAAAAGCGUUCGGCCCAUCUCUCUCGCGGCUCUCUUCCAACCCUCGGACGAAGAUUUCUCUUCAGAUAUCCAGAAACAACUAUCGAAAAUUCUGGAAUCUGGAGGUAUCCCCCACCACAUUCGCCCACAUCCCCUUUCUUCCGCCCUCUCGCCGCCGUCGACCAGCGGCUCCCUCACCAGCAAUGCCAGCAGUCUCGAUUCACCCCUACAAAUCCAAACCGCGUCCACCGUCGGCCACGGCAAUGGCGGAGAAAGCCCGUCUCCGGUGGCGAUUUACUCAGCGUCAGCUACCCUGAGCUUCCUGGAAUGGUAUGGAAUAUAUCCGGACUCUCCCCGCCUCGAUCCCAGCCGCCAGAAGUCGAUGCGCCAGAAAUCAAUGCGCCAGAAAGGUCCCGCCCUACAAGUCCCCUCACCAAAGUAUCCCGUGCGCCCAUCUUCCUUGCUCAGUCCAACAAUGACCCCGACAGAGACUCUCAUGCCUCCCCCACCGAAACGGGGUGCUUCUGUUCCACCGCCUGAUCCAACACCGUCAGGGCAGACAACUGAUUUACGCCCACCAACGCCGCCCGGUCUCUCGCGUACUCCAUCGCCGUUCUACACUCACGAAAGUGCUCAAGCGCCUUCGGCUGCUCAUGCACGCAGCGACAGCGUCUCUCGGCACCGUCAGCUCGCGCACGAAUUGCUCGCACAUGGGUCGCGUUCCAGUUCGGCAUCACGCGAACGCAGCCUGAGUGUCGAAGCUAACUUGGCUUUCCCAUCCACUGCACCGCCGCCGUACACUAAAACGCCUUCACCACAACCACCACCUUCUCGAUCAAGUUCUAGGACGACGAACAACUCGAUUGUUACAUCAACUACCCCAGUACGUGGCCCGGGAUCAUUCUCGCAAGAUUCACCUAUUUCAGUUCGCCGCCUUCCCUCCAUCCCUCCCGACUCGGCAACCACCUCGGGUUCGAACUCUCGCUCGAGCACGCCCCCACAGCAACCUCAACCACAAACGCGAUCUACGCCCACUCCGCCCCCGAGACAUGCAUCUCCAGCAGUUCCUGUUACCGCCUGCUCUUCGGUGGUCAGUCCCCCAGCGACUGCCGCGAACGGCUACACCCCGUCGUUUGCGACGUUCGGCAUGACACCCACGACCGCGACUUCGGUGUUCACGCCGAACUCGGCGACGAGUUACCAGCUUCACAUGGGCCCGCGUCCAACGUCGGCGAUCCGCUCGCCACUGGCNNNNCCAGCAGGUCCCCGGACGCGGAGCCGAGCGAGUCAAGAUGCUGGCCAGCCUCCACGCGCGAUGGGAACCAUGGCACACCGUCCACCUGUGUUGAGGCUCUAA